CAUGCGCAACAGAAAGUAAAGGAUGCCGAUGUGGCGCUAAACCUUAAUUCCCUCUAUUUAAAACAAAUAUUCGGAAUGAAAGCGUUAAUUCUGGCCGUGCUUUGUGUCUGCUGCUUUGCUGCGGGGAGUGAAGACGAUAGGCUGCCUAAUAAAUGCGAAGUGUGUAAGUUUCUGACAAUGGAGCUGCAGGAGGCUCUGGAGAAAACUGGUCGCUCCAAAGAGGUCCUGGAGGUUGGAGAGGUACUGGAGACAGGCAAGAGGAGGAGGAAGAUUAAAUACAAUACCUCAGAAACUCGGCUUACUGAGGCGGUGGACAACAUAUGUGAGCGCAUCCUGCAGUAUAACGUCCACGCUGAGAGGCCUGGCAGCCUCAGAUACGCCAAGGGUUCCAGUCAGACCAUGACGACUCUGAAGAAUCUGGUCAACAAAGGAGUGAAAGUAGACCUGGGUAUGCCGUAUGAGCUCUGGGACGAACCGUCGGCGGAGGUGACAAAUAUGAAGAAACAGUGUGAGACGAUGCUGGAGCUGUACGAGGAGGUGGUAGAGGACUGGUACUUCCACCACCAGGACCAGAGGCUGGAGAGCUUCCUCUGUGAGAAUCACGUGCUAAAGACGUCAGAGCGAGAUCAGCGCUGCCAGGACUCUAACAAAAACUAAAAAAACGACGACGACAUCAUUCCAGUCCUCCAUCGGCUCCCUGUUUCUGCCCGCAUCCAAUACAAGAGCUGCCUCCUCACCUAUCAGUGUGUCCAUGGAAACGCCUCCAGUUCCCUUAAGGUACCCCACUCCCCACAUCUCCGUUCAGCAACUUCAUCACAACUCCAAAUCCCAAGGACCCAAUGAACUUCUACAGGAGAGCGGGCCUUCUGCACAGCUGUGGAAAGCUCUCCCAGAUCACCUCAGAGUCUUCAAAACGGCACUAAAAACCCUGGUUUUUAAAAUCUGAAAUAUUCUUUUUUAUUUAAUUUCAGUUUUAUUUUUUUGUCUUUUUUACACUCUUUAUUGUAGUACUUUGUGAUCAGUAAAUUGAUGUAAAGUCCAUGAUAAAUAAAUAUUAUUACAUACAGUUUAUAAAUAAGAGUGAACAUGAAUAAUUAAAUGAAUAAAUGAAAAGAAAUAUCUAAAUAAUUUGUUACGUUUCUUUGCCCUUCACAGUGUAAGAAUUUAAAAUACACGAAUAAUUAAAAAAUAUGAGAUAAAUUAAAAUAAUUUGAAAUACUAGAUGAAUAGUGAUUUACUUAAUUUUAACAAAUGUCAAUAUAAACCACAUUUCUUCUUAUUGUCUUCAGUCCGAGUCCAUUUGUUCAGCUGCACAAUCUUAGCAUUUCCUCAUAAACAUUGUUUACUGAAAAACUAAGAAGCAUCAAUUUUAAUCCAGUUUUUCAUUAUGUUAAUAUUUCAUUUACUCUGUUAUCUGACCUUAAACAUGAUCCGUGAGAGAACCUAUUCCAAUGCAGUUGGGCCAGAAGGUCUGGGUGAUCUGAACGACCCAAUUCCAAUCUGUUCACCUCCUUAAAAAAAAUCUGAAUUUUGCCGCUUCCAAAUCUGGUGCUAAAUUGGAUUUGUAUCCAAUAGUUUUCAAAGCGUCCACAGUCAGAACCGGUUAUGUCGCAUUUUAUCUGACUUUCACGUCAUCUUCCCGGCUCUGGCUUCGCAUCCGCACAGACUUCUCUACAGCAGCAACACUCACUGCUCCACAAGAGGCCAUUGUUCAUAGUGGUGAAGUCUCUUUUUCCGUACCUUUCUUCGUCUUGUUAUGAUCUGGUCAUAAUUACUUCCGUAAAUAGUGAGCUGCUGUGUCACGUCUACGUCACUUUGAUCGACUCAAAAAACAAAUAGGAUUUCAAAUAACAACUUAAGCAUCAAGACCUGCAGUGUGAACGUAACCAUAGAUUCCAGUCAACCAGGGCUGGUGUCUUGCAAACUUUAGAUCCGUUUCUGCUUCAACGCACCUGAAUCAGGUAAUUAGGUCAAUAGGGGAACUCUAGAGAACCUGUUUGCUUGCUGAGGAUGUAAUUGAGCUGUAUAAUUCAGGUGUGUUGGACCUAAGCUAAACGUUGCAGGACAAAGGCCCUCAAGGACUGAAUUUGAGACCCAUGGUGUAAAACAGAGGUCCCCAACCCUGGUCUUCAGGCCCCACUUUCCUGCAUUUUUAGGUGUUUCCCUGCUGCUGCACACCUGACUUUUAUGAACGGGUGACAAACAGCCUCCUGCUGCACGAUGAGGAGGUAAUGCAAUCAUCUAAAUCAGUUGUGCUGGACAGAGACACAUCUAAAACAUGCAGGACGCCGGCCCCUGAGGACUAUGUUUGGCCACCUCUGUAUUAUUGUAUUUAACCAUUUUGUCGUUUAAAAAAAAAUAAAAUCAGUUUUCCUAGGAAAAAAAAAAGUUCUGCACCUUGAAUUUCCUAAAUUAUGUAACAAUUGAAAGGACUUUACUUAUUUUAUUGGCGAAACACCAGCGAUUAGUUGCUUAUAAAGUGUACGUUAUCUGAACCAUACAUAUGCGUUUG